GGGAAAAAAUUAAAAAAAGAAAAUGUACCCAAACAUAAAAAGAAAAGAAAAAGACGGAAAAAAAGGGAGUCAAGCCCGCUUCGAUAGCCCUCUCCCCAUAUCCCAUGCCAUGCAGGAACAGAAAACUCCAGCCCCUAGUAAAAAGAAAAAAGAAAAAAGAAACGGGUGAAAAGAUUUGACUAUGAUUUUGAAAUGCGCCUCCUCUACAUCAAUCUUGAAAAGCCUCCCAUUAACCAUAACCUCUUUUGUCUGUCCCUCUUUUUAUAUGAUGAAGUCCUGUUUUUCUGGCUUCUCCAACGAGGACAGAAAAAAAACAAGGUAUCGGAAAAGCCCUCUCUAACUAGCCUGACAAAAGCAAAAUACAAAAAUAGGCAAAUAACAAAAGCAGAAAGAGGAGAAGAAAAGCACAAAAGAAAAAAUAACAAGAAAAAGGAAAAGGCAAAAAAAUGCCAUAAUUUCCAUAAACACACAACUCCUCUCAAGUAUCCCUUUAUAGGUAUCUCCUCCACUUCCUCUCAUAUGCAUUGUUAAGACUCCAGUGCAGAUAUCCAAUUUCCUCCAUUCUUCCUUUUCUUUCAUGCCCUUUCUCUCGCUACCAGCCGUCACAUGAGUCAUAGCAAUUAUGGGUAUUUCUUCUUUUCCGAAGUCUGGUAUGAUACUCGCAUCUUUAAACAACGCAUGAAGAAUAGGAUAUAAAACAAAAACAAAAAAGGAGAAAAAAAGAAAACAACAUGCGGAGUGGGGAAGAAAGGCACGCCCUGGGAGAAAUGUGCAAUCCUAUAGGCACGGGGGUCUGGAGUCCCCCCCCCCCCCUUU